ACACUUAAUGGGAAACACACAACAGAGGCGGCGUUAAGAGGAAGAAGGAAGUGGAGUUACAGUAGUGAGAGAAGGGAGGAGAAAGAUGAACAAGAAGGAGAUCUUCAAGCUAGCGAAAGGUUUCAGGGGAAGAGCAAAGAACUGCAUAAGAAUUGCGAGGGAGAGAGUUGAGAAAGCUCUGCAGUACUCUUACAGAGAUAGGCGUAACAAGAAACGUGAGAUGAGGGGUCUCUGGAUCGAGCGCAUCAACGCCGGCUCUCGUCAGCACGGAGUGAACUACGGUAACUUCAUCCAUGGACUGAUGAAGGAGAACAUCCAGCUGAACCGGAAAGUCCUGUCUGAGCUAUCUAUGCAUGAACCUUACAGCUUCAAAGCACUCGUGGACGUCUCCCGCAAGUCAUUCCCUGGAAACAAGAAUGUGGUCCAAGCAUCUCGGAAAGUAGACAUUUCCUCCAUCAAUGCCUAGUUAGGACCAAGUUAGUUUCAUCUCUUCCUUAUGGACACAUAAUAUUUUAGUAAUUUGUCAGAAUAACAUGUACCCCGGGGAUACUACUAUAUUUUUGCAAUUUGAGAGAAUGUAUUUCCGCUUCUUA